AUGCGGAGGGUCACAACCACCUGUCUCUUCUGCUUCAUUGUGGCACUGCUGUGCCAGUCACCCUCCAUUUCAGCUGCAACAACAAACCCCUGCGUCAGCGCCACUUUGAGCAUGGUUGGGGUGUGCGGCAACUUCGUGACCAAAGUCAGGAAUUCAGCAAGUAAUCUGGUGGGGGCGCCUGAUGCCGCCAUUGCAGCUGCAGCCGCGCAGGGAGAACAGCCAAGCACACAGUGCUGUGGAGUGUAUCAUGAUUUCCUGUCCUCGGGCUGCAAUUGCGACAAGGGCGUUCUGGCGCUGGCAGCUGCACAGUCCACGCCAGAGGAGGCUGUCGCCACCCAGACUCGAGUGUGGAAAGCCGCGUGCAGCAUCGAGCCGUCCUUUGAUCACUGUGCAGUGGCAACAGCAGCCUCCACGGCUACGCUGGGCUGA